AUCUGGUUCCACAAUGCUCAGCAGCAGUCUACCCAAAGCCACGCGCUAGCUCUUGACACCGGGCUAGGAUAGAAUCUGACCCAGAAACACAGAUAUGCAUAGAGGUUUGAGAAAGCCCAUCCUGCUCUCUGUUGUACUAUUAUACGGGAAAUUAUAACGGAGCUAGUUAGGAUACAUACCCCUCAGCGCUAUAAGGCAGACAUAGAGUACACUCACUUUGUAGAAUACUUAAGGGAGUUCUUCUGAUGGAUCAUUUUCCGGAUAAUUAAUUGAUAUCAUGACGAUUGACGAUCGUAAUGCUUCUAACAAGAGGCGAUUGACAUGGAGGCUGCGGUGUCGCAAUCGCCUCUCGGAACAUAUUGGUGAGUUUAUAGGUUGUCCUGUCCUUGAAGAAUCUUAUGUGAACCUAGACAAGAGGAAACUCUAGGAAUGACAGUCAAUCCAGAUGAUGUUCGUCUGCAGCCCAAUAACGAAACUCCUUACGCAUGGCAGGUUGACGAUCCAGAUCUGAAGCCAUUCUUCGGUAAAUCCCUCAGCAAGCACUCUAUCGGAGCGUACAUGGAGCUAUGUUCUGCGGUAGGCCAAAGCUUCCGAGCAGUUCAUCGCGAUGAGGCAGUCAAGGCAACCAAAGACAAGCUGCAGAUCUUGGAAGAAGAGAAGAUUUUGUUGGAGAGAGCUCUAGGAGCCGCAAAGGAGCAAAGUCAAACCCUGCGCGAUGAGAAGAUGGACGUGGAGAAGCAGUUACAGGAGGCAGAGGAGAAAGCGGCCAUGCAAAUCGUUGAGAUGGAGCAGAAAAUCAAGACUUUGGAACAGAGUGUUGGUGAUCUUCAAAGCCAAGCAAAAGAAUGCUGGUGUAUCACUGAAGGCUAUGAGAGAACCUUCGCUCAAUACUCUGCGGGGCUGAACGAGGCAAUUCUACUCCUACAAUCACUCAGUGCAAGUACCAUGUUCCCAACCGGUGGUGGAAGUUUGCCGUUUGAGAAGAUGGACCAUGGUCAAAUAGCACCAGUCGCAUGUGUUCCCAGUCAGAAUAUUGAAUAUUGAAUCUUAGUAGCAGACGGAGCCGAUGAAGCAACAGUC